CGUACAUCCUGUGUACCCAGCUUCCGGGUUCUUUGUUGUGUCCAUUGACUUCUUUUGCCUAGUACCUGUACGUACGUUGCUGCAAUUACAAUGUGUUCUCCCCUUGUCUCUUGUGAAUGGCUGAAGGAGCAGCUUGAAAACAAGAAUCCCAACAUUAGGAUUCUGGAUGGAACAUGGAACCAGCCGGCCUGGAAGAGGAAUGCUCAACAGGAGUACUUGGAUGGUCACAUUGAGGGAGCUGUGAGGUUUGACAUUGCCACCGUGUGUGACAAGGACUCCCCCCUCCCACUCACAUUGCCCACAGCUGCCCAGUUCACUGAGCACGUACAAAAGAUGGGCAUCAGUAACGACACUCAUGUGGUCGUCUAUGACAACCAUGCCAAGUUUGGAUUCUACUCUGCCGGCCGAGUCUGGUGGAUUUUCAAGACCUAUGGCCAUGUUAACGUGUCGAUCCUGGAUGGAGGUAUCCCCAAGUGGAAGUCCAACGGGUAUCCCACAGUCUCUGGACCAGAGCCUCAGUACACGCCCACCACCUACAAGUCGAUCUUUCACCCCGAGCUUGUACGAGACUAUGAGGCAAUGAUGAAGAGUAGGGAGUCUAACACUGAGCAGGUUGUUGAUGGCAGGCCUAAGGGACGUUAUGAUGGCACUGCCCCCGAGCCAAACCCUCGUAUUAAUAGUGGUCACAUGAUCGGAAGCACCAACCUUCCCUUCAUGGAGCUGACCAACAAGGAAACCAUGACCUUGAAGAGUCCAGCUGACAUUAGGAAGGUCUUUGAGUCCUACAAGAUUGAUAUGGACAAGCCGAUGGUGUUGACUUGUGGUGGAGCUGUGGUAGCUCCUUUUGUGAGUUUUGCCGCUUCUCUCGUUACUGGAAACAUCACACCUGUUUACGACGGCUCGUGGGGUGACUGGGUGCGUAAAGCUCCUGUCGAAACAAUGAAACUUGGGGUCAAAGGAGAAGACAUGCCAAAGUGAAUCCAAGACUGCUGCAGAUGAGCUUAAUUAGAUAAACACAACUCCGUUUAUAAUUAGUAUGGAUACUUUAACUUUAAAAAACUGUUUAUAUAUAGGGAGCAAAAUAAUGUUGAAGAUAUUAUUGUCAUUGAAAUCUA